AUGAUCUGGUCAUUGCCUUUAUUAUUGAUAGCAUCAACCGUCAGUGCAUUGGACUGUUCUUCUGAACAAUUAUCACCAUACAGAUUAAAAGAUUCAUUCACACAAGUGACUUCAAAAUCAAUAAUAUCAGAUACUCCACCUUCCAAGACAAAUACAACAUGGUAUUUAAAUCUAUGUAAUCAACAAGAACAAAUCAUAGAGGAUUGUCCCAAAAAUUCACAAAUAUGUGGUGUUCAAACAGUGUUAUUACCAGGUGAAUCUCCAAUAAAGACACAAAUUGUUUCUUUUGGGAACGGAUUAAACUAUAAUGUGUUGGAUGCAAAUAAAUCAGACAUAUCAAUAAAGUUGGAUGAUUCAUCAUGGGGUUCAAACUCAGUCUCUGCACAAUUGGAGUUCCAUUGUGCUGAAAAUGAAGAUGUUGAAAUCGAAUGGGAUUAUUCAAACUUUGUUCUAAAAUACACUACACCUGCUGCAUGUCUUAAAGAUGAUAAGUCAGCUCCACCGGCUCCACCAAAAGAUGGUGAUAAGGAUGGUGAUGAUAAGAAGAAGAAAGAUGAUUCAUGGGGCUGGUUCACAUGGUUAUUCAUCAUUCUUGUUUUGUUAUUUGGUGGCUAUAUCAUCUUUGGUGCUUGGAUUACUGCAUCUAAAUCUCCAGCUGAUUUCCAAGAUGCUGUUCAUGAUUUCGUGGAAACAUUGGGAAACUUAGCUAAAUCAUUACCUGGGUUUUUAAAAGAGAUUGGACAAAAAAUAUUUGGAUCUGAAAAUAGAGGUGGUUAUAGUGCAGUAUAA